AUGCAUGAGCUACUACUGUUUGCUUCGGUGCCGGUCCACCAACAUCAUGAGCUUCUUCAGCAAUUGGCCGGCCUGACAGCCAUGCAACCUCGCAGUGUCCUGGAGCGUCGCCUGCUCUUCAAGGCCUAUCGCAAACCAGGCAUCGCGACUGCUCGCGUCGGCGCAAGUCAAGAUGCCGUUGGCCCCGUGAGUCAAUCGGAUUUUAGCCCUGCUAAGACCGCCCCAGCGGCCGGGGCCGAUGCCGAUGCCGAUACACAGAUGGCGGGGAUGGACGACGCCAAAGCCCCCGUUGCCAUUCCAUCGACCUAUGACUAUGAGCUGCAACCGUGGAAGUUGGAGUUCAGGGAUAUUCCCGAAGCAGGGACAAGGUCGGCUCUUACGGCUCGUGUGAUGGCGAGUGCCGCGCUUCCAAAUGGUGAUAUCGUACCAUCUAUGAAUGCAUGGGGUUAUAGUUUCGUUACAGAGUAUGUUGUCGAAGGCGACAUGUUCAUUCACGAUGACAUCGUCAUAUUCUUGCAUCGUGUGCUGCAUUACCCCAAUGAGGAAAAAGAACCCCGUCAGCAACUAUCGCCCUUCAGCGAGAUGGUACCACUAGAGAAGAGUGGAAGCUAUGUGUUGCAGGCCGCGAUUACGGUCCAAGAUGGCAACAACCAGGAGACAAUGAAGACCGCAUCACAACACCUGUUUAAGCUGCGGGAACAGCUUAAAUCAGCAGUGCGACUAGAACAGGCUGAUCGUCUGUCGUUGGAUACCAGGGCAAAGUAG